UCUUCGGAAGAAACAAAAUAAGUUUUGUAAAAGUAAAAGCAUAAAUACUGUAUAAUAUUUAGCUCUUUGCAGCUUUAAACAUCUCAUCAUGCCUCGUAUUAUGAUAAAAGGAGGUGUAUGGCGAAACACGGAGGAUGAAAUUCUUAAAGCUGCUGUUAUGAAAUAUGGCAAGAACCAGUGGUCUAGAAUUGCAUCUUUGCUUCAUCGUAAAUCUGCUAAACAGUGUAAAGCUAGAUGGUAUGAGUGGCUUGAUCCAAGCAUAAAAAAGACUGAAUGGAGUAGAGAAGAGGAUGAAAAACUUCUUCAUCUUGCUAAACUUAUGCCUACACAAUGGAGAACAAUUGCGCCUUUGAUUGGCCGAACAGCUGCUCAGUGCCUGGAGCGCUAUGAAUAUCUACUUGAUCAAGCGCAGGCCAAGGAAGAAGAUGGAGAAGAUCCUCGUAAACUCCAACCUGGCGAGAUUGAUCCUAACCCUGAAACUAAACCAGCAAGACCAGAUCCUAUUGACAUGGAUGAAGAUGAGCUUGAGAUGUUGUCUGAGGCAAGGGCUCGUCUUGCUAACACCCAAGGCAAAAAAGCAAAGAGAAAAGCCAGAGAAAAACAGCUAGAAGAAGCAAGACGACUUGCUGCCUUACAGAAGAGAAGGGAGUUACGAGCUGCUGGUAUUGAUAUCAGAAAGCAUAGAAAAAAGAAAAGAGGAGUAGAUUACAAUGCAGAAAUUCCUUUUGAGAAGCAGCCAGCUUCUGGAUUCUACGACACAUCAAAUGAAAACUUGCCAGAGUAUCAACCAGACUUCAAGAAACUAAGACAAGACCACUUGGAUGGGAAAAUGAGGGAUGAAACUGAACAGCAAGAAAGAAAGAAGGACAAGAAGAAGAUGGAAAAGAAGAAAGAUAGUGAUUUGCCAAGUGCUGUCAUGCAAAUCAAUAAGCUCAAUAACCCUGAACAUGUCAAGAAAAGGAGCAAACUUGUUCUUCCCAAACCACAAAUCUCAGAUGGAGAAUUAGAUGAGAUUGUAAAGAUGGGUUAUGCCAGUGAAAUGGCAAGAGCUGCAGUUGAGGAUGGCAGUAGACCAUCAGAUGCCUUGCUGAGUGAAUACUCUGUAACACCUUCCAUGGGACAACCUUUACGAACACCACGGACACCGGCUGAACAGGACACUAUUCUUACUGAAGCACAGAAUAUUCUUGCAUUGUCCAAUGUCGACACGCCUCUUAAAGGAGGACUCAAUACCCCUAUGCAUGAAAGUGACUUCCAAGGUGUUACACCAAAGCCGCAAGCUAUUCAGACACCAAAUAUGCUACUAUCAACGCCUUACAGAACACCACAGGCUGAAAGCACAGGAAGUACGCCCCAUCAAGGAACUGGUACAACACCAGGACGGUCCUCUGUUAGAGACAAGCUCAAUAUUAACCCAGAAGAAGGGUUAGCAGAACAGUACGAGUCAGAAUACAUGGUGAAACAGCAACAGAAUGAUAUGAAAUUACAGCUGAAGGCUGGUUUGGCAAGUUUACCUGCUCCUUCUAAUGACUUUGAAGUUGUCCUGCCAGAGACCCCUGCAGAUGAAGCCGAGAGACAGGCUUCUGGAUUUGUUGAAGAUGCUGCUGAUGUUGACGAUAGAAUGUUAGCUUUACAAGCUGAACAAGAGGAACUUGAAAAAAGAAGACGGUCACAAGCUGUACAACGCGACCUACCACGCCCAUCCAAUGUAAACACUACUGUCUUGAGGCCUGUUAAUGUUGAUCCUCCCUUGAAUGCUUUACAGUCGGCAGAAGAACUUAUCAAGCAGGAAAUGGUGAAAAUGCUACGUAACGACAUCAUUAAGAACCCCACAUCACAUCAAAUAGAACAGCUAACAAACAAGAAGAGUAAGAAUGCUGCUCAAGCUGUUAUUUCUGCUAAUCGAGCAGAGCUCAAACGUGAACCUCUAGAUUCAUUUACCGACGAUGAACUAGCUCAAGCUAAAAACUUGCUUAACAAUGAAAUGGAGUUUGUUAAACAGAGGAUGGGUCAUGGGGAUUUACCUCUUGAUGCUUAUUCUAAAGUGUGGGAAGAGUGUUACAAUCAGGUGUUAUUUCUACCUUCACAACAAAGAUACACCCGAGCUGCAAUGGCAAGUAAAAAAGACAGAUUAGAAUCAUCAGAAAAACGUUUGGAGUUAAAUCGAUCUCAAAUGACAGAGGAAGCAAAACGAGCUGCUAAAGUUGAAAAAAAGCUAAAAGUUAUUCUUGGUGGCUAUCAGACACGGGCAGUUGGACUUGCUAAACAAAUAUCCGAUGCACAUGAGCAGUUGGAGCAAGCUCAUGUCGAACUGAAGACCUUCCAGGUUCUACGAGAACAAGAACAGCGUGCUAUACCUAAACGACUAGAGUCUUUACGUGAAGAUGUUCAACGGCAAACAGAACGUGAAAGACAGUUACAGACGUCCUAUUCGCACUUGUUGUAUGAACGAGACAACCUUCUGGCAAAACUACAAAUUAGUCAGUGAAUUCUAUACAUGCUUGCUGUAUUAUCAACCACUAAACAACCAACUAUUGAUAUGAAACUUGUCUAAAAGACCUUUUGUAGAUCAAAAUGUAUUGUAAGAACUUCCAUGAUUAAAAAUAAAUUUUGUGAAAGUUCAAAACCA